CGGCCCGGCGGCGGGGCGCGGGACUCCAUUUCCCAGCAGGCUCCAGGCGGUGGGUGCCGCGGUGCCUUGUGUGGGAUGCCGCGGCCCGCCGCCAUGGGGCUGAAGGCCGCCCAGAAGACGCUGUUCCCGCUGCGCUCCAUCGACGACGUGGUGCGCCUGUUUGCUGCGGAGCUGGGCAGAGAGGAACCGGACCUGGUACUCCUGUCCUUGGUACUAGGCUUCGUGGAACAUUUUCUGGCUGUCAACCGUGUCAUCCCCACCAACGUGCCGGAGCUCACCUUCCAGCCCAGCCCCGCGCCUGACCCUCCUGGCGGCCUCACCUACUUCCCUGUGGCCGACCUAUCCAUCAUCGCCGCCCUCUAUGCCCGCUUCACCGCCCAGAUCCGCGGUGCCGUGGACCUGUCCCUCUAUCCUCGAGAUGGGGGUGUCUCCAGCCGCGAGCUGGUGAAGAAGGUCUCCGACGUCAUAUGGAACAGCCUCAGCCGCUCCUACUUCAAGGACCGGGCCCACAUCCAGUCCCUCUUCAGCUUCAUCACAGGCACCAAACUGGACAGCUCUGGUGUGGCUUUUGCUGUGGUGGGGGCCUGCCAGGCCCUGGGUCUUCGGGAUGUCCACCUGGCACUGUCUGAGGAUCACGCCUGGGUAGUGUUUGGGCCCAAUGGGGAGCAGACAGCAGAAGUCACCUGGCAUGGCAAGGGCAACGAGGACCGCAGGGGCCAGACUGUCAACGCGGGUGUGGCUGAGAGGAGCUGGCUGUACCUGAAAGGAUCCUACAUGCGCUGUGACCGCAAGAUGGAGGUAGCAUUUAUGGUGUGUGCCAUCAACCCUUCCAUUGACCUGCACACUGACUCUCUGGAGCUGCUGCAGCUGCAGCAGAAGCUGCUCUGGCUGCUAUAUGACCUGGGACAUCUGGAAAGGUAUCCCAUGGCACUAGGGAACCUGGCAGAUCUGGAGGAACUGGAGCCCACCCCUGGCCGGCCAGACCCACUCACCCUCUACCACAAGGGCAUUGCCUCAGCCAAGACCUACUACCAGGAUGAGCACAUCUACCCCUACAUGUAUUUGGCCGGCUACCACUGUCGCAAUCGCAAUGUGCGUGAAGCCCUGCAGGCCUGGGCCGACACAGCCACUGUCAUCCAGGACUACAACUACUGCCGAGAAGAUGAGGAGAUCUACAAGGAGUUCUUUGAAGUGGCCAAUGAUGUCAUCCCCAACCUGCUGAAGGAGGCGGCCAGUUUGCUGGAGGCAGGCGAGGAGCGGCCAGGGGAGCAGACCCAGGGCACCCAGAGCCAGGGUUCUGCCCUCCAGGAUCCUGAGUGCUUUGCCCACCUGCUGCGGUUCUAUGAUGGCAUCUGCAAGUGGGAAGAGGGCAGCCCCACACCAGUGCUGCAUGUGGGCUGGGCCACUUUCCUCGUUCAGUCCCUAGGCCGCUUUGAGGGACAGGUGCGGCAGAAAGUGCGCAUAGUGAGCCGGGAGGCUGAGGCAGCUGAGGCUGAGGAGCCGUGGGGCGAAGAAGCCCGAGAAGGCCGGCGGCGGGGCCCCCGGCGGGAGUCCAAACCCGAGGAGCCCCCACCCCCCAAGAAGCUUGCGCUGGAGAAGGGCCCGGGUACAGGCCAGGGUGCGAUAUCAGGACCCCCACGGAAGCCCCCAGGGACGGUCCCAGGCACAGUACGAGGCCCUGAAGGUGGCAGCAUGGCUCAGGUGCCAGCUCCUGCAGCAUCACCACCUCCAGAAGGUCCGGUGCUCACUUUCCAGAGCGAGAAGAUGAAGGGUAUGAAGGAGCUGCUGGUGGCCACCAAGAUCAACUCAAGUGCCAUCAAGCUGCAACUCACGGCGCAGUCACAAGUGCAGAUGAAGAAGCAGAAGGUGUCCACACCCAGUGCGUCGGGCGGCGGGACGGGCGGGAGAGCAGGGAGGAGGGUGUCCGCUCCGCGCUGGCUGCGGGAUCCAGCCCCCAGUCCCGCCCCCUCCCCAUCCCAGUUCUCCGUCUCCUCUCUGCAGGCCCGCGACACGGUCACGUCCGAACUGGCCGCCGUGAAAAUAGUCAAGCUAGACCCAGAUGGGGUACUGAGUCAAGGCGACCCCUAUGUGACUGCUCCCAAUGGUCCCUUGUGCUUCCCAGGGGACGACAUCAGCUCUCUCCAGCAGGAAAUCACCAUCCUUCGCGAAUGCCGCCACCCCAAUGUGGUGGCCUACAUUGGCAGCUACCUCAGGUGA